AUGAGGUUCUCUACAAUACUUGUCAUACUUGCUAUUCAAACCGCUUUGGCGGUGGAUCAUAAGCUGCCAAGAUGGCGUUGGUUUUUACCAAGACCACCACCGGAAGGUAAUCAGAAUUUCCGAGAAACCAGAAGAUUUUGAAAAAUUAAUUUUCAGAGUGUUACGAUAUUUUGAUCAUGGCAAAACAAGACAAUCGUUUUGAAACAGCUGCAUCAAAGAAAAAAUGCCUUUUGGAAUAUACUGGCAACCAAACAAUUGCAGUUGGAAGAGAGCAACGCAUUCUAAGCGGCCUCGAACAAGCUGCAAUUGGUGUUGUUAAUCAUGGAAUGCCAGGUAAAAAUUAGCUUAGCUUCUCACUUUAAUUCAACCCAUUCAUAUUUCAGAAUGUCCAUGGAUGCGAAUUCGCGCUGCCAAAAGCUGGCCAGUCAUGUUUUCAUCGGAGAUGAAAAAAGAGAUGUGCGUCGAAUUCCAAAAACAAAUGGUUUUGGACUAUUUGGCGAAUACCUCCAAAACUUUGGAGAGACUCGAAAGUCUUCCGACUAAAUUUUAA